AUGGCUCAAGAUAUCAACCCUUCUCAGUUUGCUCCCAUAAAUGUCGUAUCACUAGAUACAUCGAACUCUGCUAUAUUCUUCGACACCACCAUGAAAGAAGAAACUUUCGGUAUCCCGGAUCAACUGCGAUCGCAAGAGAUUCCCAAGAUUUUCUUCAAUAAAUUUAAAAGUUGUAUUGCCAGGUCAGACUCAUUUCCAACUGAUAUCACUAAUAAAAGUUAUUUUGAUCCAAAACUGGAGGCUCUAAUAAGGCAGGAAACAACAGAUGAAGAAAGUCAACCGAUAUUUCCAGAGCGGUCCGAUGCUGUUUACUUUGUCAUAGCAUUACAUGGUGGAUCCAAAGUGUGGAGUCGAACGUUAGCUAGGACUUUAUUGGACCUUGGAGUUCCAUUUUCUAAUCCACAAGGACCGCCUUUAAGGCCAAUAAUUCUUGAUUUGCCACCAAAUGGAAGAUACUCUUCAAAAGUCCUGACAACAUUAUGUGAACUUAUAGAUAGUACUCCAUUGGCUGGAAUGAUUGUAAUUGGAAAUGGACAAUCAGCCAACAUGAUUGCUCUUGCCGGCAGCUCUAUGAAGAUACCAGUCCUUUGGGCAAAGGGAGGCAUUGCUAGUAUUCAUGAGUUUGCAAAUGAGCUUAUGUCCAAAUCACAAGCAAUAUUACAGCCAUCUUCCCGCGAAAUUUUGGACGCAAUACAAUCAUUGCUUAUACAGGCUCAUUGGAAUUCAUUUUAUAUACUAUCAGAUGUAAAAUCAACUAUUCUACUUAGCGGUAAAGAAGGAUACGCCCUGAAAAGAAAACCGUUACGUGCAACAAUUUUGCCAAUACCUAAUAACGAUAACCUCAUAUACAAACAACUGGCUAAAGUUUCGCAGUCAACUAGAGGUGUUGUUAUAUUGUUGUGUGAAUUACAUGUUGCUCGUCUCAUACUGUCCGAAGCACAACAAAUGAGGAUGUUUAACGGACAUUUUAUAUGGCUAUGGGCUGAUACAACGACUACUACUGAAUUUCAUGAUCCCAUGUUAAAACCGUUUGGACUAUUUGGAGCCAGCCCUGAAGAAGACACACAUGCUCAGCUAUAUUUUUUAAAUUCCGAUACAGAAGAAGACUUUUACGAUGCUACAGAUAUUGUUCAACAGUCACAUAUUGCUGAUUUAAUUGAUCGUAAAAUGGACUUCGAGAUUUUUGAUUACAAGCAGAAAAGAAAUCGAACUAAAAUCGAAAAUAGGAACGUAUUCAAUGUUGCUGAUUCUAACGAAGUGAAUCCAGCAAAUGAGUACCUAACAUUAGCCGAUGGAAAACAUGAUACUAGGCAAAACAUAGGCAACAGCUAUAAUAUAUACCAAGACAAUUUAAAUUUAUCUAUUUUAGACAGUAGUCCUUCAAAUGGAGACCUAAUCAAAAACAUGCGUACAAAUAAAAUAGUGAAGAAUAAUGUAACAUACCAAAACAUAUUUGAAGGUGCUACACAUGGUUCGAUUAUUGAAAACGAUUCUAAUCAACGUCAGAGUGCUGGUGUGCGCAGUUUAUUCGAGGAUCAAUCGGUAGAAGAGAACAGUUUUGCAGACAUAAAAAUUAAACGGGCCGAUAUUUUUCGCAACUAUUAUAAUGUAUCGUCACACGUAUUGUUCCAUCAUUUUCAAGAUUUUCCCAUAGGACUGCUUGCCAUGAGGCCAAUGAUGAUGAAGGUAGAUCGCCAUUUCAUCAGAUCCACAGUACGUUUAUUUGCUUCCACGUGGGCUAAAGUGGAGCAAAAUGUGGAAAAUAACAAAAAGCUGUUGAAAGACAAGUCCUUCGAUAAACAUAAAAAGUACAAGCGUUCUGCUAAAAAUUACGAAAUACAAUCGUCAACUGACAGUAGCAUAGAAGUUAAUUUAAACGACGUACUGCGAAAUAAAGUUAACAGUAAUAUUAUUCGUCAUAGCAACGACAAAGCAAACAAUAAAAUUAAAUCUAUAACUGAGAAACGAAUCAAAACAGCAUAUGAUUCCAACGACAAAUUGUUUAUUUCUAAAAUAAGUAAAUCUUUCUUGAAUAGCUCAAUUCAAAGCAAUAACACACCUGUUAAAUUGGUGACUGUGCCAUCUAAACUAAAACGACAACAGACUUGGUGGUCAUCUAAAGGCUAUAAGAGUCUAGUUCGUGGAAAGGAUCGAACUAAUACUAAAGGAGGUGCUCCGAGAUAUCAAAAUGGUUGCUACGGGACAAUUAAUCAUGGCGAAUUAAAAAAGGCAGAACUAUUUACAAGAUAUUUACAAGAAAGUGCUGCAAGAAGCCUGAAGGGCCAACCGAUUAUGGCAGGUUAUGUGGAGAAAUCUUUGAUAACCCAUUUUGAAAUACUUAAUCUAGUUCCCGCAUUUAAACUAGAUGCUCCACGAGAUGUGCGUCGAGAUAUACCAAAAAAUGAAAACAUGAACCAAAAUUUAACCAAAUGGCGCCGCGUAGGAUUAAUAUCAGGAAAAAAUGUGCAUUUGGAUACCAUAGUAUGGCCAAGCGGCGAUAUUGUUGUUACAGGUUUAUCAUCAAGAGCUCGAUCAGUGUUUCGUGUAGUUGUAGCAUUGGCACCGCCAUUUGUUAUGGUAACGGAACAAAGUGAUAAUGAGCGAUGUUUACGAGGAGUUAUAUGCUACCAGAUGCUUACUUCAGGAAGACAAAAUAUAUCGCGGCUGUUCAACAACAUUGAAUCCCAAAAAAGAUCAAAAAAAUCUGGAGUUAGUAUUGAAAGUAAAGAAGAUGAAAUUUUAAAAAAAUUCUAUAGUACGAGAUGUUGUUUUGGUUUAUCGAUGGAUUUAUUACAAAAAAUAGCUGAGGAUGUUGGUUUCGAGUUUGAUUUAUAUAUUGUGCAUGAUGGUUUGUUUGGACGUAAAAUAUCAAUAAGUGGUUCACCACAGGUGCCCUUAAAAGCAUCACCGAAAAGGAUCGAUUUAUCAAAAUUUGACGCACAAUCUGGAAGAAGUUUGAAGCGUGGAUCUAAGCUAUCAAAAAUUCUAGAACUUGGAUUGGGAAUGGACGAGAUGUAUCAAAAAUCUAAAUCAGAACCAAGGUUACCUAAACUACAAAGGCAGCUAAACGUUAAGUGGAAUGGAGUCAUUGGAGAUCUGAUAUCAGGAAGCGCCGAUAUGUCAUUUGCUCCUUUGAGCGUGUCAAGGGAACGAGCACAGGUGAUAGAUUUUAGUGUUCCAUUUUUUCACGGAGGUAUAUCUUUGUUAGCAGCUCCACAAACAAAUCCUGAUGUUCCUUUAUUGGCGUUUCUUUUGCCGUUUUCGCCCGAAUUAUGGAUUGCUAUUUUCACAUCAUUGAAUGUAACUGCUAUCGCAGUUGCAAUUUACGAAUGGUUAAGUCCAUUUGGAUUGAAUCCUUGGGGAAGACAACGAAGUAAAAAUUUCAGCAUGUCUUCAGCUCUUUGGGUUAUGUGGGGCUUAUUAUGUGGACACCUAGUAGCAUUUAAAGCACCAAAAUCAUGGCCCAAUAAAUUUUUAAUAAAUGUUUGGGGAGGAUUCAGCGUUAUUUUUGUUGCAUCUUAUACAGCGAAUAUAGCUGCUUUAAUAGCUGGGCUUUUUUUUCAUAAUGAAGCUGGCAGUUACAGCGGUCCGCUAUUAAAACAACGGAUUGGAGCACCUAUUGCAACUGCAACAGAGUAUUAUGUUCAGCAAAAUGAUAAAAUGUUGUGGGAACAUAUGAAAAAAUAUCAGCUGCAAAAUCUUCAGGAAGGAAUCGACAGACUGAAAAAUGGUACACUCGACUUGCUACUGGCUGAUUCGCCAAUACUGGACUAUUAUAGGGCGACUGACCACGGGUGCUUAUUACAAAGAGUCGGUGAUACCUAUAUGGAAGAUUCAUAUGCAAUCGGCAUGCAUAAAGGUUUCCCACUGAAAGAGACAAUCUCGGCGUUAAUUUCCAAGUAUUCUACUGAUGGAUAUUUGGAUAUCCUGACUGAUAAAUGGUAUGGAGGACUAGCUUGCUUUAAGAUCGACCGUGAACUCGGGCAACCAAAGCCUUUAGGAGUAGCAGCCGUUGCGGGAGUCUUUCUUUUGCUCAGUCUCGGAGUUGUGCUGGGACUUUUAAUUUUGAUAUUUGAACAUUUAUUUUACAAAUAUACACUUCCAAUUUUAAGACAUCAACCAAAGAACACCAUUUGGAAAAGCAGAAAUAUUAUGUUUUUUAGUCAGAAGCUGUAUCGUUUUAUUAACUGUGUGGAGCUUAUUUCACCUCAUCACGCUGCGAAAGAGUUAGUGCAUACCAUCCGUCAAGGACAAAUUACUAGUUUAUUCCAGAAAAGUAUCAAGCGGAAGGAAGAUGAACAGAGACGCAGGCGUAAAAGUAAAGCGCAGUUUUUUGACAUGAUCCAAGAGAUUAGAAGAACCAUGUAUUUGAACAGAGUACAAGAGCAAGAACAGACAUCUAUACAAAUCUCACCGAAGGAAACCAUGCCAGAUUCGUCUCCAGUUCCCGCAAUCGCUCCUGUUGAAAAAAUCAAACAAAGCCCAAAAUCAGCGAUUUUUAGUAUACGAAAGCAUAAGUCGAACCCAGCGUCAUUGAAUGUACGCCGGUUUAGCACUGAUAGUAUAUUGAGUGAACGGUUGGACACUAUUGGACGUCGGCUGAGUCGUGGUACUACAAAUUCUCCACCAGAUCUGUUACAUAGGUUUGAAACGUUUGGUAAAACGUUGAAUGGCAGUGGAAAAUUUGACACUUACUCUGGGAAAGAGUUUAAGGAUUCUAACAUAAUGCACAAAUAUGGUACUUUCGGUGGAAAGAUCGAUAAUAGUAUAUCUCAAAGCGAAGAAAAAGUUCAAGAGCUGCCAAAAAAAAUAGGAAAGCCAAGCCGUCGCGCUCCGUUAAAACCUGAACUGUAUGUUAAAAAUAAAAAAAAGAUUAAGGACGAAGUAAAUAAAUUAAUACCAAUUAGUGAAAGAGUUGCUCAUGGCCUCGCUCCUCCAUUCAUUGAAUCGGAUACUAGUAGCGCUCUUUUACGAGAUAAGUUACAUGAGGAGCUGCGAUUAAAGUAUGGCUCUCAUGGAUUUAGCAAUAAUGAUCGAAAAUCGAAAACAUAA